AUGCCAGCGACACACUUCAAAACGCCAGAAAGGUACAAGUACCUCAACGGUUUUGGCUCAUUCCAUGAAUCCGAAGCCCUGGAGGGUGCCUUGCCUAUCGGAGCCAACUCACCCCAGAAGCCACCAUACGGCCUCUACGCUGAAAAGCUCUCGGGAACUGCAUUCACGGCCCCUCGACAUGAGAACCUUCAAACUUGGCUUUAUCGUAUUCUCCCUUCGGCCGCUCAUGAACCCUUCCGAACCUACCCUGAUAACGCCAGUGUCCACUUAAUAACGCAACUCGAUUAUGUUCCAAACCAAUUCCGAUGGGACCCUUUCGACAUGGACCCGGAAGCAGACUGGAUCCAUGGCCUCAAGCAUUUAGCUGGAGCUGGUGACAUGACUAUGAAGACUGGGCUUGGCAUAUACGUCUUCGCUGCCGGACGUGAUAUGGAUCGGGGCACAGCUAUGUAUUCCUCUGACGGUGAUAUGCUUAUUGUAGCUCAACAUGGAACUCUGGACAUACAGACGGAGCUAGAAGGGCCGGUUAGAGGCUACAUUUUGGAGUUGUAUCAAGGCCAUUUCAUCCUACCAGAGCUUGGCCCAAUCGGCUCUAACUGCCUAGCGAACGCGAGGGACUUCCAAAUACCCCUAGCGCGGUUCGACGAAGAUACAUCAUCCACCUGGUCAGUUGUCAACAAAUACAAUGGAAAGCUCUAUGUUGCUGAGCAGAAUCAUACCCCUUUCGACGUCGUUGCGUGGCACGGCAGAGAGAUCCUGAAUGACAAUGCGUCCCUAGCUAAUGAUCUUGAAGAUUAUCCAUUCAAAUAUGAUCUCGGCCGAUUCUCCGUUAUCGGGAGCGUCUCCUUCGAUCAUCCAGAUCCUUCCAUCUACACAGUGUUGACAGCGCCUUCAGAUCACCCAGGCACAGCAAUCGCCGACUUCGUCAUCUUUCCUCCAAGAUGGCUGGUGCAAGAGGAGACCUUCCGGCCGCCCUGGUACCACCGCAACACAAUGUCUGAAUUCAUGGGACUGAUCUCUGGGGAGUAUGAUGCUAAGGCAGGGGGAGGGUUCCAGGCUGGCGGGGCAAGCCUGCAUAAUGUCAUGGCAGCGCAUGGUCCUGAUGCCAGCACUUUCGAGAAGGCAAGCGCGGCGGAGCUGAAGCCUCAGAAGAUUGGCGUUGGAAGUAUGGCUUUCAUGUUUGAGAGUAGCUUGAUGCUAGGCGUCACCGAAUGGGGGAAAAAAACUUGCCUCAAAGUACAAGCCAGCUACAACCACGAUAGUUGGGCAGCGUUACAGCCCCGCUUCAAGAGACCAGAAUAA